AUGUCGCUUCUUCAGAAUCAAGAGUAAGCGCCCCCCAACUGUUAAACCUGUGGUCUCUUAUCACUGACAUUCCCGCCAUUCUAGCUUUGUUCUGUAUCGCAUUCGCAACCGCUACCUCCACUGCGUGCGAGAUGGCGUCGGCGAGCGCUUGAUCACGGUAAACCCAGCUGCGCUCAAUGUCCCCGCAUUCAAGAACGCCGGUUGGGGAUGUCCCUCGGAGAUUCGUCGCACUUAUUCUCCGCCGAUACCCGUCGGUGCAUCGACAGAGUACUUUACUAGCCGGGCGCCGCUGUCCAACCGAGACGCAGAUGGCAGUCCUGUACCGUCAUUGCAGCAGCACUAUCAGCAACAGCAGGUUGGGGGUGUGGGUCUGGGAAGGUCGUUCAUGAGGCCUGGGCUUGCAUCACAUUUUUCAAACGAAAGUACUGAUGCUGUGGAUAUGGGGUUAGCGGGGGGUACUGGGAGGUUGGAGGAAGUUAAAGAGAAGGUACGAAGGGAACACCACGGGGACAGGGAGGAUGAUAGCUCUGACAUGAGCGAGGAGUCAGAGGAUGAGGAGGCGGGGACUGCGUAUGCUCAGUUGCAUCCUAUGUGAACGUCCCGUUGCUGAUAUGGACAUAGUCCUCCGCAGAAGGCGCAGUUCGAUUUCGCAAAGAAGGAAAUUCCUCAACGUCCCCGCUCGGGGUCGUCGCCGCUUCGCUCCGGCCCCAGAGUCCAGGACUCCUCCACCGCCCGCUCCCGUGUGCGCCGGGUUCGCGGGGGCUCACAUGGGGAUGUGGACUUUAAUGGAAAGGUCCACCACCCCUCCAACAGCCUCCCAAAACCUUCCGAAGAUAUCCUCUCUAGCAGCCUGAUGGGCGCCUCGGAACGGCUCCACGCCGAGAUCACAGACAAACUCCACUCAUCCCCGAACUCCUCCUCUUUAACCCACGCGAGUAGUUUCAGAGACGACGACGACGACGAUUCAGACGCAAGCAGUCUUGAUUCGGACUUUACUGAAACAGCAGACUCUGAUCCCACAAGUGUCUUUUCCAAUGAGGGGGGUGCACCGUCGUCUCCCGGGAUAUUUCACGCUUUACCGCCACCCAUACGCCCGGUUUCCAUGAUUCAGCCGGUAUCUAUGCUAACCAAGUUGCUCAAGGCGAAGGAAACGGAGGCUGCAAAUCCGAUGGAGGAUUAUCAGCAAUUCGCCGGAAAAGGGGAAUUGGCACCAAUAACACUGAAGCUGUACAUCCCGUAUUCCAAAUCCUCCUCUCCAUUCGAAGUCAUAAUCAAGAGAACGCGAAAAGCCCAGUCUGGAGAUACUAUAGUGGCGGAAGCAAUCGGGUUCACGUUGUACAAGUACAUUGAAGACAAGAAGGAGCCAGAGUUACGAGACGAGUUGUGCGAUAUCAACAGGUGGGUACUGAGAAUGGUCGAUGACGGGGAACCGGAUGAAGAUUUCCCGCCGUUGGAGAGGACGCAGCCGAUUACGGCCUAUAUAGCGCAGGGUGGGCGACGGGGCGGGAGAGGUGGCGCGGCAAAAUUGGAGGGGGAGUUUGCACUUGUGGAGGCUACAGGGGAGCAAUGUUUGUUCUCGCACGCUCUUCUUAUUAACCACUUGGGCAGUAGUUGAUUUUUGGCGACAGAUCUAGAAAACGAAAGGACAACACCGAACACGAGCCCUCCAAAGAAGGCCAUUGUAGCCACUACCACCACGACCCAAACACUGACAAUCCCAACGACAGAGAUAAUCCCUCCAACCCCCUCAACCCCUCUCCUAACCUCCUCCCCCGCCUCCACCUUCCCCACCAUUCCCCCCACCGCAACAACUGCUGCAGCCCCCACUAAAACUCUCCGGAUCCACAUCUCCCCAACGUCCACCUUCGCGCACUCCAUCCCCCUAAGCGUGAGCACCACCACCCCCCUCUCCACCGUUCUCCAGCAGAUCUGCCAGAAAAAAUCCCUACAACCGGAGCACCACAUCCUGCGCAUCACCAACGCACCCACGUUGGCGAUCCUCCCGUUAGCCUCCCCGGUCAGCACGUUGGGAGCCCAAACCGAUCUCGACCUCGUCCGGAACCCCACCCUCCCCCUCCCCCCUCCUCCCCCGCCGGCGCUCGAGGCGCCAGAGGCGGAAGCUUACGUGCCGCCAGAGGCAGACUACCAGCGCUUCACACUAUACAGGAAAUCGACGACCCCGAUUUCCUUCUUGUCGAGGCAUUACGAGAGGGUUCUCGCCAUCGAUGGGGAAUAUCUGCAUAUCCAGUCCGUCAGGAAGACCAAGAGCGUGCAUGUUAGUACCAUUAUAGGCGCGAAGGUUUGUGGCCGGGGGGGUGUUGGGUUGAAGAUUUUUGUGUGGAGGGGUGGGGGGAAGGAGAGUAAGUUUGAGUUUGAAGCAUCGAGUGCGGAGGUUGCGGAGGAGGUUGUCGGGGUUGUUAGACGGGGGGUGGAGGGGUGGGGUGGGGGCGUGCGGGGAGAAUGA